UGGGAUUCUAUCAGAUCAUAUUAUCCUUUUUUUAAGGGCUUAAAAUAUGGUACUUCUUUUAGGAGUUUCUUUACCAGAUCAUAAACCAUUAAGAAUUGCAUUAACUACAUUUUAUGGUAUUGGUUAUUAUACAUCAUCAAGAAUUAUGGCAUCAUUAUCAAUACAUAAAACGGCAACAGUUGGAUCAUUAACAGAAGAACAACUUGUUGCACUUUCACAUAAACUUGGUACAUUUGUUUUAGAAAAUGAUCUGCGUAGAAAAGUGCAGAAGAAUAUUAUGCAUUAUAAAACAAUUGGUAGUUAUGUUGGUAGAAGACAUUCUAUGGGAUAUCCAGUUCAUGGACAAAGAACAAGAACUAAUGCAAAAACAGCAAGAAGAUUAAACCGUAUUGACAGACGUCAAUUUUGUACAUUUUUUUUUUGUUCUCAAGAAAACAAGCAAUUUAAUGAUAAUCUAAUGAGAAUUUCAUGGGCUAAUAUAAAAAAUAUUUUUAUUUUAUGGGAAAGAUUCUGGUCUAUAGGUUUUUUUAGUUUUUAUUUAAAAAAAAUCAAGUUUUUUUAGAUAAAAUAUGUGUAAAUAGGAUUAAAUUUUUUUUAAAUGAUCUAACACUUAAGGUCUGAAUUAGUAGAGUAAAUUGAUAUAGAAAUAUUUAUAUGGAUGGG